CGGGGCGGGGCGGAGGAGCGUCGUCCGCGGGGCUCCGGCCGUGUGUCCGGGUCGCCGCCCCCGCCGCCGGGCCGUGUCCGCCCCUCGCCUUCCGGAGGGCACGGGCCACCGCGGGGCUCGGCGCGGUCGGGCCGCUGACAGGCGUCUCCGCGAAGCCGUCCCUCCCAGCUGGCGGCUCCCCUCGGCCCGGUCCCGGUCCCGGUCGGGGAGGAAAAUGGCGCCGGCGCCCCGAGGCGCCCGGGAGGCGCGGCCGCUGCAGCGCCGGCUCCUGGUCCUCGCCCAGGCCCUGCUCCUGCUGCCGGCCGCCCGGGCCGGCCCCUGCCCCGCGCCCUGCGCCUGCCGCCUCCCGCUGCUGGACUGCAGCCGCCGGAAGCUGCCGGCGCCCGGCUGGAGGGCGCUGUGGAGCCCGCUGCCCGCCGCCGCCAGCCUGGAUUUGAGUCAUAACCGGUUGUCUAACUGGAACAUCAGCUUGGAAUCUCAGACAUUACAAGAAGUGAAAAUGAAUUAUAAUGAACUAACAGAAAUCCCAUAUUUUGGAGAACCAACCUCUAAUAUUACUGCAUUAUCAUUAGUCCAUAAUAUGAUUGCAGAAAUAAAUGCAGAGGAGUUCCAGUUUUACCCGGCUCUCGAGAGCUUAGAUCUCAGUUCAAACAUGAUAUCAGAGAUCAGGACCGCUUCAUUUCCUCGAAUGCAGCUGAAAUACCUGAAUUUGAGUAAUAAUAGGAUAACUGUUUUGGAGGCUGGUUGCUUUGAUAAUUUAUCCAGUUCCUUAUUAGUGGUGAAGUUAAACCGUAACAGAAUUAGCAUGAUUCCACCCAAGAUCUUCAAGCUACCUCACCUCCAAUUCUUGGAGCUUAAAAGAAACCGAAUUAAAGUUGUGGAAGGUCUAACGUUCCAAGGUCUGGAUUCCUUAAAGUCUUUAAAAAUGCAGCGGAAUGGGAUCAGCAAACUGAAGGAUGGUGCUUUUUUUGGCUUGGAUAACAUGGAAGAACUAGAACUGGAGCAUAAUAAUCUCACAGAGGUGAACAAGGGGUGGCUGUAUGGCUUGCGAAUGUUACAGCAGCUCUAUGUGAACCAGAAUGCUGUCGAAAGGAUCAGCCCCGAUGCAUGGGAGUUCUGCCAAAGACUGUCUGAACUUGAUUUGUCCUAUAACCAGUUGACCCGCCUGGAUGAGUCUGCCUUUGUGGGGCUGAGCUUACUGGAGAGAUUGAACUUGGGGGACAACAGAGUCACUCACAUUGCUGACGGCGUGUUUAAGUCUCUCUCCAAUCUUCAGACGCUAAACUUAAGAAACAAUGAAAUUUCAUGGGCCAUAGAAGAUGCUAGUGAAGCCUUUACUGGACUCACAAGUCUCACUAAAUUAAUCUUACAAGGAAAUCAGAUUAAGUCGAUUACAAAGAAAGCAUUCAUGGGUCUUGAGUCCCUGGAGCAUCUAGAUUUGAACAACAAUGCCAUAAUGUCUAUCCAAGAAAAUGCUUUUUCUCAGACUCGCUUGAAAGAACUGAUUCUGAACACAAACAGUUUGCUCUGUGACUGCCAUUUGAAGUGGCUGCUUCAAUGGCUCGUCGAUAAUAACUUUCAGCAUUCUGUGAAUGCAACGUGUGCACACCCCGAGUGGCUGGCGGGGCACAGCAUCCUGAAUGUGGAUCUGAAGGAUUUUGUCUGUGAUGAUUUUCUCAAGCCACAGAUAAGAAGGCAUCCUGAAACCACAACUGCUCUCAGAGGUGUGAACGUGACUCUGACGUGCGCUGCCGUGAGCAGCAGUGACUCACCCAUGUCUGCCGUGUGGCGCAAAGACAGUGAGAUCCUGUAUGACGCUGACAUUGAGAAUUUUGUUCGUUACCAACAGCAAGCUGGAGAGGCUCUGGAAUACACUAGUGUCUUACACCUUUUCAACGUGAAUUUCACAGAGGAAGGAAGAUAUCAGUGCAUCAUUACCAAUCACUUUGGUUCUAACUAUUCUUAUAAAGCCAAACUGACUGUGAACGAGAUGCCAUCUUUUCUGAAAACCCCUAUGGAUCUCACCAUUCGCACCGGAGCCAUGGCCAGAUUAGAGUGUGCUGCCGAAGGGCACCCCGCACCGCAGAUUUCCUGGCAGAAAGACGGCGGGACUGACUUUCCUGCAGCCCGAGAGAGACGGAUGCAUGUCAUGCCCGAGGACGACGUCUUCUUCAUCGCAAACGUGAAGAUAGAAGACAUGGGCAUCUACAGCUGCAUGGCGCAGAACAUAGCGGGAGGCCUCUCGGCCAACGCCUCACUCACGGUGUUAGAGACGCCCUCCUUUGUUAGACCGCUGGAGGACAAGACGGUCACCCGGGGUGAGACUGCGGUGUUACAGUGCAUCGCCGGGGGGAGCCCUGCCCCUCGCCUCAACUGGACCAAAGACGACGGCCCGCUGCUUGUGACCGAGCGCCACUUCUUCGCUGCAGCCAACCAGCUGCUCAUCAUCGUGGAUGCUGGGCUGGAGGAUGCUGGGAAAUACACCUGCAUCAUGUCCAACACUCUGGGAACAGAACGUGGUCACAUUUACCUAAAUGUCAUCUCCUCCCCCAACUGUGACUCCUCCCAGAGCAGCCUCGGGCACGAGGACGACGGCUGGACCACAGUUGGCAUUGUCGUCAUCGUCGUGGUCUGCUGUGUGGUGGGCACCUCUUUGAUCUGGGUCAUCGUUAUUUACCACAUGAGAAGGAAAAGUGAAGACUACAGUAUCACCAACACAGAGGAGCUCAACCUGCCUGCAGACAUUCCCAGCUACUUGUCUUCCCAAGGAACUCUGUCUGAGCCGCAGGAAGGCUACAGCAACUCCGAGGCGGGCAGCCAUCAGCAGCUCAUGCCUCCUGCCAACGGAUAUGUGCACAAAGGCGCCGAUGGUGGCUCUGGAACCCGGGUUAUCUGCUCAGAUUGUUACGACAACGCCAACAUCUACUCCAGGACGCGAGAGUACUGUCCGUACACCUACAUCGCUGAGGAGGAUGUUCUAGAUCAGACACUGUCGAGCCUCAUGGUCCAGAUGCCCAAAGAGCCGUAUCUGGCACAUCCUCCCCAAGAUGCCGCAACCCUGGAGAGCCUAGUGUCACCGGCGGACAGAGAGACGCCUGCCUUUCCCACCAACCACGAGAGGAAGCUCCCCUCCGCGCAGAUGAGCAGCGAAACGUUGCCCCGGCCGCUGUGGACCAUGAGCGGAGAACGGGGCGUGCCUCCUGCCCCCUUCUCCCAGCAGCCCGUCCCCGAGCCACCUCCGCUCCACCAACACGAGGGCCUGGCGGAGGGCGGUGCCGCCCGCUCCGCUUCCCCCUCGCCCUCGCCCUCGCCCUGCCACAGGUUGCACGGCCACGCGUUUGAUCUCAGUAGGACUCGGAACAUUCAAGAGGGAAGCGAGGGCACAUGAAAUAUUCUAGGAUGAAGUCUGGGCAAAGACCCAAAUUCAUUAAUUUUGUAUUUACUACCUCAGAGUUGAGAAGAAACCCCAAAGUCAGCAUUCCCUUCACUCUCUGUCUACAAUUACAUUUGACCUCACCAAGGUGGGCUUAUAUCGGACAAAGAAGAGAUAAUGGCCGACCGCCCGGGGCACAUGCAGUGAGCAGUGUGCGUGCGGAGGGGCAGAGGAAGGCACAGGACAGAUGUGGGGGUGUGCCCGGGUGCACGGCAUAUUAGGAAGGAGUCUCAUUGCUGCUUAACAUGCUGAUUUUCUCGACCCGCAGAACGAUUCUGAGAAAACAGAAUCUAUCCUGCCUCCCAAAGAGCAAAAAUAACUCUGGCUUGUGUGACGUGUUCGGGGUUUUAGCAUGCAGUCGAGAGCGGAUUGGUGAGGCUUUGAUAUUCAGAGUCUUUGGCAAGUAUCCCGGGCUUGACCACUUGUUACCAGGUCAAGGAGUUUUGUAUUCUUGUGAAUCUUUUUUUUUUUUUCUUUUCCCUUUGGGGGGUAGGGAGAGGAUUCCUAUCGCCCUGGAAGCUCAUUGUAAAUAUAUGUGCAUUUAUAAAUAAUUUUUUUUUGUAUUCAUUGAACAUAAGUGUUGGCUGCAAUGUAAAUAUUUUUGAUAUGCCAAAAUUAUAUAUGAUAUCUAGUUAUAAUGUUGACAGCAGCUUCUCAGACCACAGACAGAUUUUGUAUAUCUUGGUUUAGUGAUUUUAAAGACUGUUUAAAGUUUUAAAAAUGUACAGAGGCAGGGUACCCAGUGACUGGGUGCACGCAAACACAGUCUUGGUGUAAUUAACCACUUACUUCGUACCUGAAGGUUCAUACAGCUACUCAUUUGCCACCUGUUUACAAGUGCCAGCUACUAUUUCCUGUCCGAGGUAAGAAGGCUCUUUGAAAACACUAGCAGUCCUGUCGGCACCACAUGUGCAUAAAUACAGGAAAACUCGGGGUAUCUUCUUCCAGCAAAGCAUUUCGUUGAUGAGGAAACCAAAGAUCGUUUCUUUUCUGUUUGUCUUUUAUAAUGUCCCUUCGACCACUGCACAGUGCAUCUUAAGAAGGGGCAAGGCUUUGGAAGUAGAAGGACAUGCGGAAAUGUUUACACUAGAGAGCUUUGGAGUGGUCCUUGUUUUGUACAAGUGAUUAUUUAAGCCAAAAAGUUUUCCUGGAUUUCUGAUAGCAAAAGCUUUUAAAAAAAUUUUUUUUAUGUAAACAAAGGACUUCACACUAAUGGAAUGGAAUGGACUGAAGUUCUUUGUGCUUUUAGAUUUCCUUACAUAGGCAGGCAGGCGGUCAAACUGCCCUCUACAUCUCGUAAGUGCUAGCCAUGUACUGCACACCCUGGCACUGCAGUGAGAAUAUCUAAGUCAUCGUGCAUUUCAAGGGUUCUAACCUCACGUAAUUCCUCAGCUUCUUGCUAGGAUUUAAUGCUUGUUCUCAACCCCCAGUCGCCCCUGGGCAGCAGCACCUCUUGAGCUGUUUUGUACCAUCAUGCCUUUCUUCUUCCUUUUAAAACUACCAGCCUUUCUUCAUUUUCACUUUGAACUUCUUAACUACCUUUCCCUCUUCACCAUUUAAUUUGGGAUCCCUCUUCCUGCUUACCAGGCUGAAGUAUAAUUUGUACUGACUUAGAAUCGAGAGACCUGAUUGCAUUCCUCCCUCUGCCAUUUACUAGUUGUGUAAUCAGGGGCCAGUCCCUUUCCAUCUCAGCCUGUUUCCUCACUUACGAAAUGAGGGCGCGUUCCUGAGGCUCUGAAGCCCUUUCCAGCUGUAACAGUCUAUGAACCUGUGAUCCCUCCAGGAGCCAAGGAGGAUUAUGCUACUUUAAUAAAAAGCUGCUUUCAUAAGAUGUUUAUUAAGUAGACCAAGAUGCUGCUUGCUCGGACUUGAGCCAGAUUUAUUUCCUCUGUAGCAGGAGUUAAUGGUAUAAGCUACACUCCUGGGAAGAAAUACUCUGCUUCUAAACAGUGUCAGUAAGCAAGGACACUGGACUGCAUUGACAAGCACCAGUGCUCUCUAGCCAGCAGCUCUGAGCGCUGGUGUCGGAGCACUCCACAGAGUCUGCCUCAGUUGGAGGGUGUGGCACCCCUAACUUGUAACCGGUAUGCCACCUUGCUGCUGUGUUCACAGUUACCCCACCAACGAUAGACUCUUCCUCAUAUUCUGAUAGACUUUCCUGAGUG